GCCAGGCAUUAAGGCCGCAAGGCCGUAAUAUGCUCCCUCAUUUGGCACCACUGAAGACGUCACACAAAAGUUCCGGUCAAGAGAAGAGUUCCGAAUAUACGUACGGAAUUCCUAAAGUUUCCUAGCGUGUGUGAUUGCUCAAGUGCUCUGAUUUUCCUCUUUUUCAGUUGUGUGCCGGAUCCGCUCCGAGAAUGCCUGGAUCAGAACUAAAAUUGAUCUAAGAGAUCGACCGUUACAAGCAUGGACGAACCGCGAAAGGCGCUCCGAGUAGCAUACGAAGGCUGCGGCCAUGGAACACUCGAUGCCAUCUACGCUUCUACGGAGAAAGCCUGCGAGGCGAAAGGGUGGGAUGGGAUAGAUCUGUUGAUUAUUGGAGGGGAUUUCCAAGCCGCUCGCAACGCCGCCGACAUGAAUACCAUGGCAAUGCCCCCGAAAUACCGCACCAUGGCCGACUUCCACCGCUACUACUGUGGCGAGCGAACCGCACCCUACCUCACCAUCUUCAUCGGCGGCAACCAUGAAGUGAGCAACUACCUUCAGGAGCUCUUCUACGGCGGCUGGGUGGCACCAAAUAUCUACUUCAUGGGGAACGUGAACGUGGUCAAGCUCGCCGGCGUCCGCAUCGCGGGGUUGUCGGGGAUCUGGAAAGGGUAUAGCUACAACAAGCCGCAUAUCGAACGGCUGCCGUAUAACGACGGCGAAAUGCGGAGUAUUUACCAUGUGCGGGAAGUGGAUGUCCGGAAGCUGCUGAGGAUACGGGAGCCUGUGGAUGUUGGCAUUAGUCAUGAUUGGCCCCGCGGGGUGGAAUGGCACGGCGACUGGGCGCAAUUGUUUAGGAAGAAGAGCCAGUUUGAACAGGAGGCGAGGGAUGGCACGCUGGGGAGCGUGGCGGCGGAGAAGGUGCUCGAUCGAAUCCGGCCGAAAUACUGGUUCAGUGCGCAUAUGCAUAUCAAGUUCGCCGCGAUCGUCAAGCAUCAACCUGGCGUGGCGUCGCUGGGAAGCCGGUGGAGCAGCAAGGGACAGAGCCAUGAGGCGAAGGCGGGUCCUGCGACUGCGCCGGUAAAAAACGCGGAUGAGAUCAACCUAGAUCUUGGAGACGAGGACAAUAAAGCCACUAGCGGUAACCCCGAUGAGAUCGACCUGGACAUGGACGAUGAGGACGCGGCGCCGAAGCCUGAUGUCCCCAAAGAUCCAACUACCACCAACGAUCCCGAUCUUGUUCCAGAUUCCGUUCGGGCCGAGCUUCCUGAGGCCUUCCAGAAGAAACCGCAAGAGGAACAACAAGAGAAAUCGAGGGCAUGGUCGCCUCCUCCACCGGAGAUCUCGAAUCGCGCCACGCAUUUCCUUGCUCUCGACAAGUGUUUGCCUGGUCGACAUUUUCUGCAGCUCCUGGAGAUUCCAACGAGCGAGGACAUUGCCGAUGAAAAGCCUCGACUCGAGUACGAUCCAGAAUGGCUUUCCAUUGUCAAGGCCAUGGCCUCCGAGACUACGAUCGGCGAAGGUGCCGAAGUCCCACCUUUCUUGGGCAGCACGACAUACUACGAACGCAUCGACGAAAAUCGACGAUGGGUGAGCGAGCACGUCGGUGACACAAAGAUAUAUAUUCCGGAGGACUUCAGCAUCACUGCACCGGUUUAUGAUCCAGAGAUGGGCGAGCGGACCGGUGAGAUGCCGCGGGAGUACACGAACCCUCAUACCGCAGCGUUUUGCAAAAUGCUGGAGAUUGAGAAUGUCCUCGAUGCGACUGAAGAGGAGAGAGAGGAACGGUAUCAACGAGGCCCGAAGCCUGAUGAUGGCAGAGGUGGACGUGGAGGAAGAGGGGGUAGAGGAGGGUUUGGUAGGGGGAGAGGGAGAGGUGGAAGGGGACGGGGCGGGGGUGGAUUUGGCGGGGGAAAAGGUGGUGGAUGGCGAGGGAGAGGACGAGGAGGAUACUGA